AUGGACCAUUUCCACGACGGGCAGCACGUGCGGCUGCGGAGCCGCGUGCAUGACACGUACUACCUCCACGCCGACGACGACGGGGAGAGCGUCUCCAUCAGCCGCCGCCGGUACUCGCUGAACGCGGCGUGGACGGUGCACAUCUACCACGGCGACGGCUCGCACCUGCUCCUCCACGGCGCCGCUUACGGCCGCUACCUCGCCGCCGCGGCCAAGCCGGCACCGUUCGGACACCACGGCUUCCGCGCCGAGCAGCGCGACUACGACGAGCCGGUUCUGGCGGCCAUCAUGUGGCAGGCCGUCGACGCGGGCUCCGGGGACGGCGUCCUGCUCCGCAACAUUGGCGGCCGCUACCUCCGCGCCAGCGGCAAGUUACGCAGGUACCUCCGGUGGAACGCCCGCGUCGGCGUCGAGUACACCGACAACGUCAGCGCCAUGAUGCAGUGGAUCGUCGAGCCGAUCCGCCCCAGAGCGCGCGCGCCUCUCAUUCCGGGCCCGAUUCGGACCCGCGUGCCCGGAGACCUCUCCGUCAUCAUGUUGGGGCGCAAGCCGGGCGGGUGGCGCCGGAUUCGGUUCGUGCGAGCGAGCGACGAGGGGCUCUACAACGAGGACGGCUGGUCCGCGCUCCGUAUCAGGGGGAGGUCCGUGUACCACCUGAGGAACGCGCUGGCCAGCCGCGUCGGCGACAUCGACAUCCAUGGCCAGCGCCGCGACAUGGUCAUGUGCGUCCGAGCGGGACUCUACGGGAGGCUGACCCCACUCGUCGUCAACCUGCCUCACGGCCGCUACGGCGAGACCCUCGACAUUGUCGUGAUGCUGUCCGGGACCCCUGCCUAUGACGCGCUGCGACACCCAGAUGUCGCCGCGAAGUAG